CGUGCGCAGUCGCGGCCGUGCACCCACCAACCAUCCCGGAAUGGUGGAACACUAUAGAAAAAUUUCCCAGUAGAGAGAGACAUUUGUUAGCGGAAAAGUCGUGUGAGUCGAUUAUCGGACAAAGGUAGAGCGGCGUGUACGUGUAAAGCGGAGCAAGCACUGUGUCAAUUACUCACUCACCAUCGCGGCGACGACUUUGGAUGUAAGUGGAGCUCGGGAGCUGCGCGCGAUUGCCAGCGUCCAGAUAAACAAGACAAACAGGAACUAAAGGAGGAUCGUCGAUUGUGUGUCGCGCAAUUGAUAGAUAAACUACGAAAGAAAACUUUGUCACUUAGAUAAAUAUUCGUGGUUUGCUUGUCUUGUGACAUUCACGAGAUUGGCGGCGAGAAAGAUGUCAGUAUUGAAUCAGAGCGGCGAGGACGCAGUGGAGUGCCCCUUGUGCAUGGAGCCAUUGGAGGUGGACGAUCUGAAUUUCUUCCCAUGCACAUGCGGAUAUCAGAUAUGCCGUUUUUGUUGGCACAGAAUUCGUACUGACGAGAACGGCCUGUGUCCCGCGUGUCGAAAGGCCUACUCUGAAAAUCCGGCUGAUUUUAAACCCCUUACCAAGGAAGAAAUAGUAAGAUUGAAAGUCGAGAAAAGGUUGAAGGACCAACAACGGAAGCAAAGAGUUACAGAAAAUCGGAAACAUCUAGCAGAUGUGAGAGUAGUACAAAAAAAUUUAGUGUUUGUAGUAGGAUUACCAAUGCGGCUGGCAGAUGCUGAUGUUUUAAAGAAACACGAAUAUUUUGGGAAAUUUGGGAAGAUACACAAAGUCGUAAUUAACCAGAGUACUUCCUAUGCAGGGUCUCAAGGCCCCAGUGCUUCGGCUUAUGUUACUUAUCAACGUCAAGAAGAUGCGCUACGUGCUAUAGAGGCUGUGAAUAACAUUGUUGUGGAUGGUCGGACAAUAAAAACUUCAUUAGGAACGACGAAAUACUGUUCGCACUUUAUGCGUAAUCAACCCUGUCCGAAACCAGAUUGCAUGUACCUGCAUGAUCUUGGGGACCAGGAGGCAUCGUUUACGAAGGACGAGAUGCAUCAAGGGAAACAUCAGGAGUACGAGCGCAAGCUCGUGCAAUCGUUACAUGCACAUGCGUCUUCAGUUCAACGGAAACCGACGCCAUCACCACCCGUAACGGGCAGUAUUGUUAGGGAAAGUGGAACUGUAAAUUCGCAGACUAAAGAGGCGUGGCCAUCGUUGCAACCGGGACAGACAAAUAGUACACAAACCAGUUGUAAAGAAAUAUCAUCAUCUGCGCAAACAACUUCACAACAGCACAGCAACACGACAAGCGGCAGCGGCACUCAACAAAGUCACAUGUCCUCCGGAGUGUCUACACAUCAGCAGAAUAACAACAAUAAGGGUGAAAGUGGUGUAAGUGUACGGCGGGGUAAAAGUAAUAGCGAAUGUAAAGCGCAGGCGGCUCGGAACAAACAUAAAAAUAGUCAAAACAAAGAGAAGCACGGUACUCGUACGACGUCGCGAUCUGAAUCAAGCUCAAUCAACACGCAAAGUGGUUCGCAAAUCACUGGGCAAAAGAACGUUAGAAACUUUUCCACUGAUACGAACAAUGAAAUGUUGCAAAAAUUGGGUAACAAGUGUAAAAUGGAGCAGCAACAACAACAGCAGCCACAGUCACAACAAAUUAAUAACAAAACAUCAAAAUUAGCCCUUAAAGUUAAUUUACACGAAGUUAAUGUAAAUGGUACAUUUCAAAACGGGGAACGCCGGCAUUCGGACAGUGAAACGGAUCAACAGCGAGAGGGUAGCACGCCAGCGAGCACGAUUUCGAGCACGGAAGACUCUAAUGUGAAUCACCAAGCUGAACAUUUGGCUGAAUCGAGCGAGGAAAACGGCGGUGUCGUUCUUCUGGGUUCAUCUCCAGCUAGCACAAAUUCAUCACAAGGUGCCAAUCAACCACCACCACCCGGAUUACACAAUGGAUCUCAAAUGCAACUCAAUCAUCGGUCGAUCUUUCAAGCGGACAAUAACAGUUUUUUCAGUUCGAAUACCUUCCAGAAAAUACCGACUACCACCUCGUUGCCAUCAAACUCCCUUGCAGCAAACACAAAUCUGGAUUGGACGAGCACGGGAGUGGCUACGAUACCUGAUUCCUUACCAAUAGUUCAUUCUAGCGAAGAUUGGCAGGCCGCUUUUGGUUUUCAACCUGAAUCGUCUCGAACGAAUCAUAUUAUAUCAAAAUCCAGCCCGACCGAAUCGCCGAGAGUAACAUUUAAUUCUGAGAGUUUUGUAGAUGAGGAGGUUUAUAUAAAUGCACCUUACACUACUACGCUCACAGAAUCAUCAUCUGGUACCUUUACAUCUAACUUACUUGUAAAUUCACCCGCAUCAAAGUUUAUGGCAGAUUUUCAACAAAAUUCUCUACAACAAAGGCUUAAUAUACAGGCACAACAAACUCAAGAAAAUAGUGAGUACAUAAAACAGAAUGGCCACGCUACAAUAGAGGAAGUUCGGAAUCAUUGUGACGCAAACUCAGAUGUGAAAGCGGACGACGAUUUAGGUUUUGAUCCUUUUCACGAAACACAGAAAGCAUUAGCAGAACUUUUGGAAGAUGAAAUGCAGGUGCAGCAACAGAAGAUAUUCCAACAGCAACAGAGAGAACGGGAGGAGCAAACCAGGGUGCAGCAUCAACAAACUCUCGCGAGCCUUAACCAACCACACUUUCCACAAGUUGCGCACAUAGCGCACUUGCAGCAAGCCCAGCACCUACAAAAUCUACAAGUGCUCCAAUCGCAUUCCCUUUUGUCUCGUCUUCCGCAGAAUCUGUUAUCGAGCGGCGCGCAGAGCCCAGCGCAGGGCACUGUUACGGCUACCAGUUUAGGACAACGCAGUCGACUCCCGCCACCGGGUUUUCUUGGUUCCACGCCAAAUCAUAUGAACUCGUUUGGUCUCGGUAUACCACGACCAGCGCCAACGAAUAGUGCCCUCUCUGGCGCACAACCUCAGCAAAGUGCAUAUCUUCCAAAUGGAAGCCCGCUUCUCAACACACAAAGUAUCGGCAAGUGCACGGGUGACGCGGUUUAUACUCUGAAAGAUUGGUGUGAGAUUAACAAUCAGCAACAGCAGCAGCAAUUCCAUCACCAAGCGUUGCACCAGAAAGGAUGGAACAAUUUCGGACCUAUUGCAGAUUGGACUUCGAUCGAUCCAGCUAUAGUUUCUUCUAGACCUCUUCCAUUCCAAACUACCAAUGCUUGGCAAUUUUCUCACAUUCAUCCUUCUCACGUUGUAACUCAUAAUGCGCAACAGGAACAGAACACACCUGCUCAGCAUUGGGCGAUGCAACCGCCUCCCGGUUUCGCUGUACCUACGACCACAGGACAGCUGAAUAAUCCACAGCCUAGUACGACCGCACAACCGCACACCAAGCUCAUCUCUGCAGGAUCAGAAAUCGAAAGUAAGUUAAUCGCGAUCAAGCUCCGUGCAAACUAAAUAACACGAAAAAAACAAAGAUACCGUAUAAAAUGCGCGGUAUCUCGAGAUAUAUAGGCCGUCUAUAUUGCAGACCUAUAAGUCUAAUGCGUGAGGUGAACGAGUCGAGGCGUCAUAAUGUUUCCAGACGUGGCAAGAUCAAAUCCAGCAAAUGAAUGAAACAAAAAAUUAAUGCGACAGUCGAUAAUGUACGUUUUCCUAAACAUGCUUUUUGUAUCUCAACGUUUUAUUUCAAAUCUCCAUUUAUUUGUGCGAGUAUUUUACUCGAGUAAAGCAUCGGAAUAAAAUAUUAUUUAAUGCGUACCUUGAUGUAAGCGAACGGUUAUACGUCAAUACAUUUUCCUCAUGAUAUUAUCAUUUUUGAAUUAUAGCAAAAUUUGUCAUAUUUAAGUCUGACUAUCGUUAAGCGAAGUUUAUGUAGGAUAUGGAAUAUUAAACGGAAACAAAUGAUUAAGAUAAUAAGAAACGAUCAUGAUGUUUACAAGUACAUUUUCCUUUCUUUAUUCUCAUUAUUGAAGCGUUAUUUUCUUUAAAACAUUUAAAUCGAAAAUUGGUAUCCUGUGUUUAUAAGCUUCAUGAGAUUUAAAAAAAACAAACUUUAUAUUAGAAUGCAAACGUAAUGAAACUUCCGUACUAUAUUUGAUUUUAAAUCUAUCGUAAUUGUUUUAAAUUUUGGAAACUUUGUUAUCACAUCUAAAAGCUCUAUUGUUAUUAUAUAAAAAAGAAUUGUUAUAUAUAUAUGUAUAUAUACAUAUGUAUAUGUACCUAAUAAGUGUACAGUAUUAUCGAAUCGUCUUAUAUACAUUUUGCUAUUUUAUAAAUAGUCCUUUUAAUGCGUUGAAAUGUCAAUCAAUAUGUUUUAUCCAAAUGUUUUUAAAAACGCAAUUCUUUUAUCAAUGAGCAAGAUAGAAUGUGGUAAAUAUUCAGUAUAACGCCUCCAAUUUUCUUUUAACUUUGUAAACUUGUGUUUUUAUGUGUAGAUUUUUUUCUGAGAAAAAAAUCGUUCGUAAAAAGCUUAAAUUCCCUUUUAAAUAUAAUUUAAAAAAUUUUUGAUGACGGUAAAAGGGAAUAUGAUGAAUUUAUGACUAUAAAAAUAUAACAGAGUUUGUGGUUAAAAAUUUUUACUUCAUUAAUUUAUAUUAGCAAAUAUUUUUUGGUAAUCAAAAAUAAAAGUUAUUGAUAAUUUUAAUUAUAGUAGAGAUAUAGUUUAUGAUUGAUUGUAAUAUAAAAAUAAAUAUAUGUACAAAUUUUUGAACCACACAAUUUAAUAUUAUCAACGUGUUGAAUAAAAAGGAAAGGAUUGUUAUUAAAAUGUUCGAUUGAAUAAUUUAUUUUAAUUUAUAAAUUGUAAAAUUAAAAAGUAUGCACAGAAAGCGAAAUGGACCAUUUAAUUUAUAAAAGGCAACAUUAAAGAGCAUGCGCAGUAUCUUUUUAAUAAUGAAUUAUCAUGUUUCUAUUUACCAACAUAAAAAAUUUAAAGUUACAUGUAAAAAAGGGAGGAUUUGGGCGACGACUUUUUCUCAGGAAAGAUUCUAUAUACAUAAAAAUACACAAAUUUACAAAGUUAAAAAAUCUAAAGUAAAAGUGUUAUACUGCACAUUUAUCUAGAAUGUGACAUGAUUAGCUGCUUUCCAUUUACAUCAAAACUCAGAUAAUUCUCAGAUAAUUUCUCUCUCUCUUGUGACAUCAUAACUCAGUUGAAUGCACGUUCCUUUUUUAUUUUUACAAGUGAGAUUCAACUGACUUUUUUCCUUCAAUCUGAGCAAUUUCAAGACCGUGUACUUUACCGAGUCUCGUAUACUCACUUCAAAAGUGAGGUUUUGCGAUAACUUUGUCAUUAAAAUAAGCGUGAUUACUUGCAUGUUUCUUUAAAUCACUGAGUAAUGACGUCACUAUCUGAGUAUAAAAUACUCACAUUACUGAGUGACUUAGUCUUACUUUAACAUAAAUGGAAAGUAGCUAUUGUUAUAAUGAAAUAACGCGGAGUUUUAUUAUUUUUGCACGUACGUAAAUUUUCCCCUGUGCGUCACCGAGUCCAGCACCGGCGUGCGUCAUCACAUAUUGUGAUACUACGGGGCGCUUAAACUCGAAAUCCGCGGGGUGGAUUAAAAAUUAUUAAAAGAAAAAGAGAAAACUAAGGAGUAAAAGCUUCUUAGUUUCGAUAAUUUUAGCGAAUACUUUGAGUUGUAAGUCAAAUCAAUUGAAUACACACAGAUAAUACAGAUUAAGGGAUUAUCUGUACUAACCGAAAGAAUAGCGAUAUUUCUAAUCUCACGGCAAGAUCGAUGUCAAUGUAUCGAUACACUGAUAUUAAGGAAAACUACAAAUGGCUGUUCGGAAAAAAUUAUGCCAAUGCGAUCAUGUAUUUCAUUUACGCAUGCGGAGCGAUGAAAAAGAAAGAAAGACAAAGAAAAUAUUAACAUACGAUGUACGAUAAGUGAUGAACGAGAGCAACGUCUGAGCAAUGUACUACGAUGUUCAUACGACGCGAAUUACGUCGAACGAAUGAGUUAUUCCCGUUGGCAGACGAUUCGAUCGAAAGUAUCGCUGCUGUUUUAAAAGCGAAUAACAAAAGAACGUCAUACACAAGAGAACGAAUGAGAUAAUAAAAGUAUAAUUACUAUAAAAUUUAAUUCAGUAAGAUAAUCGAGAAAUAUACGAUAAUGCGCAAUUAAA